UACAAAACCGUUACACGUCUCUCUCUAUGUAGACAUCUAUCCAUGGUUUCAAUGACGGAUCAGACUCUUCUUCAACCUUUCCUAGCCAAACCCACCACCAAAGGCUUAGCAACGGAAUCGGAUUCAGGUAUUAUUCUGCGGCUUUUCUCUAUACUUCUCGUCGGAGCAAUCUCUUUGUGGGCAAACCAUGAGGCUUCAAAAGGCUUCUCCAUAAGUAUCAUCAAUGAUGCUAAAGAUUCUCCUUCCGGUAAAAGAUUCGCCCUUUUCUUCGAAUCUGAUGAUACGGCAGUGCGGAUAUUGCUCGAUGCAAGCUUCUUUGUGGAGAGGUUUCUCUACGAGGGUGUUCCUCAUCGUCUCCGUAAGCCUGUAAACCACGUUACCGUCCAAUUCUGUGGAAACAGUAGUGAUAGAGUAGAUAGGUUCUCGGUAACUUCAGGUGCAAGUCAUGGAGAGUAUGUGAUCAGAUUAAGCCCAUCUCUCACGGAAAGAAAAAAGUUUAGCAACGCCGUGGAAUCUGCAUUGCGACGUUCUAUGGUUAGAAUAUGGCUAUGGGGAGACGAGUCAGGAGCUUCGCCGGAGCUUGUGGCCGGCAUGGUGGAGUAUUUGGCCGUGGAGAGCCGAAAACGACGUCACUUUGAAAAGUUUGGUGGGAAUUGGAAGGAUAAGGAAAAGUCUGUGUAUGUGGUUAGCUUGUUGGAUUACUGUGAACGACGUAGCGAGGGUUUCAUCCGACGGUUGAACCAUGGGAUGAGACUUAGGUGGGAUGAUCGGACGGUGGAUCUUGCUUCGAGUGGUGCGUGUGGUUCACGCAAGGAUGUGUUGCGUGAGCUUAAGAUGGACGACAGUGGAUUGAUAAUUGAGAGACGAACAUGAUAUGUUCUCGUGCUGCCAUAUUGUAGCACACAUGGCUCCACGUCAUUAUUUCAAUGUGUAUAAUUCAUCUUCUAUAUUCUUA